CAGCGGCAGCAGCAGACGGGUGGCCGGUGUCCCAGCGGAGCAGCCGCCCCAACCGAGAGAGGCCAUGGCCGUGGCCGUGGGAAGGCCAGCCAAUGAAGACCUGCGGAAUCUGUCGCUCUCCGGGCACGUUGGCUUUGAUAGUCUUCCCGACCAGCUGGUCAACAAGUCCACCUCCCAAGGUUUCUGCUUCAACAUCCUCUGUGUCGGGGAGACUGGCAUCGGCAAGUCGACGCUGAUGGACACCCUGUUCAACACCAAGUUCGAGAGCGAACCGGCCACGCACAACGAGCCCGGGGUGCGAUUGAAAGCCCGGAGUUAUGAGCUCCAGGAAAGCAACGUGCGCCUGAAGCUGACCAUCGUGGACACAGUGGGCUUCGGAGACCAGAUCAACAAAGAUGACAGCUACAAACCCAUAGUGGAAUACAUCGACACCCAGUUCGAAGCCUUCCUGCAGGAGGAGCUGAAGAUCAAGCGUUCCCUGUUCAAUUACCACGACACCAGGGUCCACGCCUGCCUCUACUUCAUCGCGCCCACGGGCCACUCGCUCAAGUCCCUGGACCUGGUCACCAUGAAGAAGCUCGACAGCAAGGUGAACAUCAUCCCCAUCAUCGCCAAGGCGGACACCAUCGCCAAGAACGAGCUGCACAGGUUUAAGAGCAAGAUCAUGAGCGAGCUCGUGAGCAACGGCGUGCAGAUCUACCAGUUCCCCACGGACGAGGAGACCGUGGCCGAGAUCAACGCCACCAUGAGUGUCCACCUUCCGUUCGCCGUGGUUGGCAGCACCGAGGAGGUGAAGAUCGGCAACAAGAUGGCCAAGGCCAGGCAAUACCCGUGGGGCGUGGUACAGGUGGAAAACGAGAACCACUGUGACUUCGUGAAGCUGCGGGAGAUGCUGAUCCGGGUGAACAUGGAGGACCUGCGUGAGCAGACGCACACCCAGCACUACGAACUCUACCGACGCUGCAAGCUCGACGAGAUGGGCUUCAAGGACACCGACCCAGACAGCGAGCCCUUCAGCCUGCAGGAGACGUAUGAAGCCAAGAGGAACGAAUUCCUGGGCGAGCUCCAGAAGACCGAGGAGGAGAUGAGGCAGAUGUUCGUCAUGAGGGUGAAGGAGAAAGAGGCUGAGCUGAAGGAGGCUGAAAAAGACCUGCACGAAAAGUUUGACCUGCUGAAGCGGACCCACCAGGAGGAGAAGCGGAAAGUGGAGGACAAGAAGAAGGAGCUGGAGGAUGAGGUGAACAACUUUCAGAAGAAGAAAGCAGCGGCUCAGCUCCUCCAGUCCCAGGGCCAGCAGGCCGGGGCCCAGCCCACCAAGAAGGACAAGGAGAAGAAAAAUGCAAGCUUCACAUAAACCCUGGCCAGGCGCAGAGGGCCCGCAUUCACCUGCUUGUGCAGCAAUAUCUCUGCAGCCAUCUGUGUCCACCAAUAACCAUUAACGCAUUUCACUGGAGGCGGGGGAGGGGGUGGAAGGGAAGGGGACGGGCUCGCGGGUGCCCCAGCGGCACCUGGAUUCCAUUUCGGCCAAGCCUGAGAUUUGCCACGGUAGACCGCCCCUGCAUCGGCUCUGCUGGGAGGGCCGGGGGCUUGCCGCUGGGGCUGCCUGCCACCUUGGACUCUGUCCGUGCCACCUCCCCAGCUUGUCUCUGGUCUCCCCCUCCCCACCCCCCUUCCCACCCCUGUGCAGCCUCAUGGCCCCGCUCCCCAAACCAAGGCUUCGGCCGACCCUCCCCCCUCCGCCCUCUGCCCGGCAUCUUGGGUUCCUGCUUGCGCGAAGCCCUCCUCGCCCACGGAAGGCAAGCUUGGUCCAAGACAGGGAGCCUGUGCGGGGACAGGGAGGCAGCUAGAAUGAACACUUCUCUGACCAUAUUGUCACGUCUGGACCUUGGCUCACUGCCAAGGGCAGGGACGUCCCUUCCUCUCCCCCCAAUUUGAGCUCAUGACAGGACAGGAGAGGGCAGGUGGACGCUACCUCCCUCUCCUGCUGCCCUUUCCCGGCUGUAGAGAAUCCCAACGGGCAGAAGAUGGAAGCGAGAGGGCCUUAUUUAUCCUCCGUCUCGGGCUCAGCCCCCAGGAGGGACUCGUGAACCCACCUCGUGCUGAGCCCGCUUCUGGACGGAACCUCUCCCUUUCUGACCCCCGCCUGGGUUUCUCUGCCUGCCCCGAGGCUCUUCCAACUCCCUCAACCCAACCACCUUCCCAAGCUUGGCCACCCGAUCCUUUCCUCAAGGAAUGUCAGUCAAUUGUAUUUAUUGAGCACUUACUGUGUGCAGAGCACUGGACUAAGUGCUUGGGUGAAUACAAUCAGAACAAUAAACACAUUCCCUGCCCACAACAACUUUAUAAUCUAGACUUUGCAUUGGUCCCAGCCACCCACCCUGCAGUCAGCACAGUCCCCCACCACUGUGCUUCCCAAUCCGCCCUCCUUUAGGUGCAGGGAUUAGAUGGGGAAGAGGGUGGAGCCUGGGGGAGACCGAAGCUGCAGGGGCAGUUAAGAUGGCCACUCCAGGAAGCCUGUGAAAAGUCCCAGGGAACCAGGAAGGGGUGGCAAUGCCAGGAGAAGGCACCCACCUCCAAGCAGCUGGCAGCCCAACUUGGGUAAUAAUUGUGGUAUUUAAGCACUUACUAUGUGCCAGGCACUGUAUUAAGUGCUGGGGUGAAUACAAGCAAAUCA